AUGGAACAUUCAUCUAUUCAACUGGACGAUUUGCCUGAUGAAAUUAUUCUGAUUAUUUUGAAAAAAUUACAUAAUUGUGAUGUACUUUAUUCUUUAAUAGGUGUUAAUAAACGACUUGAUACCAUUGCAAAUGAUUUGAUUUUUACAAGUAAUUUAACACUAAUAUCACGUAUUAAGAAACGAUUUGAAACAAUUGGAAAUGAUCCAUUUUUUACAAGAAAUUUAACAUUAAUAAAAUCUUUUGAUGGUUUAUCAUGUCAAUUUACUGAUGUAAUACUUGAUCGAUUUUGUCUUGAAAUUUUACCAAAGAUUAAUGAUAAAAUUGAACGACUUAAUGUUGAAUCAUCAUCUAUGGAACGUAUUCUUUGUUUAACAAAUUAUCCUAAUUUACGUGCACUUGGUUUAUAUGAUGUUCAACCAGAACCAGUUAAUUAUCUUUUUUCUGAUGAAAGUUAUUUAAUUCGUUAUUAUCGAAAUCAAAUUUUAUCACUUUCUAUUAUUAUGAAAAGAGGUGCACUACAAACAAGUAUUUUUGGUGUUAAAAAUAUAAAUAUAAAUAUAUUUAGUAAAAUCUGUUCUAUGUUUAACAAUUUAGAAUAUUUUAAUUUUAGUUCAUCUUCUAAUUAUGAACAAUUAACGUUCUGUAGUAUACCUUCAAUUAGAUUCUCAAAUCUAUUAGAAUUACAUGUCGUAUUAAAAACUCUCAUAGAUUGUCUUUGUUUACUUGAUGGUAAUUUCAAUAAACUUAACAGAUUAUAUGUUACGAUUUGUCCUCGUGCUCUUUUUGAAUGGCCAUUAGUCAAUAACAAAAAUAAACUGCCUAACUUAAAAUGUUUUUCCUUAAUCCAUGAAGAUGAAUCGUUGAAGUGCAAUGAAAUAUUUGUUCCACUUUUACAAAGAAUGUCAAAUUUAGAAGAACUUAGUUUGUAUUUUUUCAUCCCGUAUGGACCAAUAAUUGAUGGUGAUUAUUUGAAAGAAAAUAUUCUUAAUCAUAUGACAAAAUUAAACAAAUUUACAUUUAAUAUUCGUUCAACUCUUCGUCUUAAUAAUCAAGUUAAUCUAUUAAUAAAUCAAGAUAUUCAAAGUACAUUUGAAAAUUUUAAAAAUAAUGAAAUUAUUUCAUAUAUUGAUUAUUUUUCGAAAUCAAAUUUAUUUAAUUAUCAUAUUUAUUCAUAUCCAUAUAGAUGGACUUGUUAUGAUGGUAUAACGAAUAGUUUUCCUGGUGGAUUAUUUCAAUGUGUUCGUCAAAUAUCAUUAUAUGAUGAACAUCCAUUUGAACAUGAAUUUUUUCUCCGAAUUGUUCAAUCAUUUCCAUUUAUUGAAAAAUUACGUUUAAAUAAUCGUGAACCACAACAGAAUCCUAAUCUACAGUCGUUAAUCAUAAAAUAUCCUCAUCUUACUGAACUUGAUCUCGUUAAAACUCAUGAAAAUUAUGUUGAACAAUUUUUAAAUAAUAGUAAAACGUGUUUAUUAAAAAAUGUUUACCUUCGUGUGAAUUAUGGUUGUUUACAAAAAGCAACGGAUGAUUUUAGAAAAGAUACAACUCGAAUUAAUUCUUCAAAAAUCAUUGGUCUUUUAGUAUCAAACCAUAAGGGUGAAGUUGAAAAAUCGAAAUCGUAUUUUCCUCAAGCAGAAUUCUAUUGUUUAUUGUAA